GUGACGUGACGUGCUCGGCUGGCCGAGCAGUCAGUCGAAGCUCUCCGCAGCGGCCGGCUGAGCCAGCUGAGGCGGGAGGAAAACAUGGCUUGGCCCUUGGAGGGCGCGAAGGCUCGGCUUGCGGUAGAGACCGAGGCUCCCGCAGCGUGAGGCCCUGGUAUUUUGGAAGCCAGAAGGAAAAAAGAUUUAAAAGUUUGGUCUCUUUUGUGGACAUGGCUCAGAUUUCCAACAACAGUGAAUUUAAGCAGUGUUCAUCUUCUCAUCCAGAACCAGUAAGAACCAAAGAUGUGGGCCGUGCGGAAGCAUUGCAGAUGGAAGCAGAGGCUUUAGCAAAGCUGCAGAAGGACAGACGGAUGACUGAUAGUCCGAGAGGCUUUGAGCUGACGAGCAGCACUAGACAAAGAACACCAAGUUUUAACAAACAGGAUUAUGAUCUCAUGGUGUUUCCUGAGUCAGAUUCCCAAAAACGAGCAAUAGAUAUUGAUGUAGAAAAGCUCACCCAAGCUGAACUUGAGAAGAUAUUGCUGGACGACAGUUUUGAAACUAGAAAACCCCCUGCAUUGCCAGUUACUCCUGCUCUCAGCCCUUCAUUUUCAGCACAGCUGUGUCUUAGACCGACUGUUGAAAGAGUGCAGUGGCCCCCCGCGUUAUGUGGGCCCUCCACAUACACUGUACCCUCUAUUUAUCCUUCAGCACACAACAAACAGGCCACAUUCCAGAAUGGCUUCAGCCCAAGGGUGCCUACUUUCCCAUCUACAGAACCUGUAUAUUUAAGACUUCCAGGACAGUCUCCAUAUUUUUCAUAUCCUUUGACACCUGCCACACCAUUUCAUCCACAAGGAAGUUUGCCAAUCUAUCGGCCACUAGUCAGUCCUGACAUGGCAAAACUAUUUGACAAAAUAGCAAGCACAUCAGAAUUUUUAAAAAAUGGGAAAGCAAGGACUGAUUUGGAGAUAGCAAACUCGAAAGCUUCAGUCUGUAAUCUACAGGCAUCCCCGAAGUCUGAAGACAUCAGUAAGUUUGACUGGUUGGACUUGGAUCCUCUAAGUAAGCCUAAGGUAGACAGUGUGGAGCUGUUAGACCCUGAAGAAGAGAAGAAGAAUCCAGUGUUGCUGGCGGAGGAUCCUUGGGACGCUGUUCUUCUUGAAGAGAGAUCUCCAGCGAGUUGUCACCUGGACUGGAAGGUGAAUGGAAAAUCCCUUUCUGGGGCAACUGUAACAAGAAGCCAGUCUUUAAACAUUCGAACAGCUCCAUUUACAAAAGCCCAGGGCCAAGUAUCUCAGAAAGACCCAAAUGGGACCAGUAGUUUGCCAACUGGAAGUUCUCUUCUACAAGAAUUUGAAGUACAGAAUGAGGAGGUGGCAGCUUUUUGUCAAUCCAUUAUAAAAUUGAAGACCAAAUUUCCAUGUACUGAUCACUGCACAAACCCAGGCUACCUGUUGAGUCCAGUCACUGUGCAGAGGAGCAUGUGUGGGGAGAGUGCCAGUGUGAAAGUCUCCAUCGAGAUUGAAGGGUUUCAACUGCCAGUUACUUUUACAUGUGAUGUGAGUUCUACUGUGGAGAUAAUUAUAAUGCAAGCCCUUUGCUGGGUGCACGAUGACUUGAAUCAAGUGGAUGUUGGCAGCUAUGUUCUGAAAGUGUGUGGUCAAGAGGAGGUUCUGCAGAAUAACCAUUGCCUUGGAAGUCAUGAACAUAUUCAAAAUUGUCGAAAAUGGGACACAGAGAUUAAAUUACAGCUCUUGACCUUCAGUGCAAUGUGCCAGAAUCUGGCUCGAACAGCAGAAGAUGAUGACGCACCUGUGGAUUUAAGCAAAUACUUGUAUCAAAUAGAAAAACCUUAUAAAGAAGUCAUGACAAGACACCCUGUUGAAGAACUCUUAGAUUCCUAUCACAACCAAGUGGAACUGGCUCUUCGAAUGGAAAACCAGCACCGGGCUGUCGAUCAAGUGAUUAAAGCUGUAAGGAAAAUCUGUAGUGCUUUAGAUGGAGUGGAAACCCCCGCCAUCACAGAAGCGGUGAAGAGGCUAAAGCGAGCAGCUAACCUGCCGAGGAGCAAACGCGCUGAUGUGACUUCAUUAUCUGGAGGAGAUACUAGCAAGGACUCAAAUAGGGGCUCACUGCGUCCUGAGAGUCCUGCUCAAGCAAGCAUGGAGCACUUAACGGCAGCAAUCCAUGAUCUUCUCAGGCUCCACGCAAACCAUAGUGUGAGUUCUGCAGACUGUCCCCAAAGUAGCAGGAGCGUCAAGGAAGCGUGGACCGCAGCAGAGCACCUCCAAUUUACUGUCUACGCUGCACAUGGCAUUCCCAGCGACUGGGUGUCAAGUUAUGAAAAAUACUACUUGAUAUGUUCCCUGUCUCACAAUGGGAAGGAUCUUUUUAAACCUAUUCAGUCAAAGAAGGUUGGCACGUACAAGAAUUUCUUCUAUCUUAUUAAAUGGGAUGAACUAAUCAUUUUUCCUAUCCAGAUAUCACAGUUGCCAUUAGAGUCAAUUCUUCAUCUUACUCUGUUUGGAAUCUUAAAUCAAACCAGUGGAAGCUCCCCUGAUUCUAACAGGCAGAGGAAGGGGCCAGAAGCUUUGGGCAAAGUCUCCUUGACUCUUUUUGACUUUAAACGGUUUUUAACAUGUGGAACGAAACUUCUCUACCUUUGGACUUCAUCACAUUCAAGUUCUAUCCCAAAAAAAGGCUACGUCAUGGAGAGAAUUGUGCUGCAGGUUGAUUUUCCUUCUCCUUCAUUUGACAUUAUUUAUACAUCACCCCAAAUUGAUAAAAGCGUCAUACAGCAAUACAAGUUGGAAACGCUGGAGAAUGACGUAAAGGGGAAACUUGUGGACAUUCUUCACAGAGACUCAUCAUUCGGACUUUCUAAAGAAGAUAAGGUCUUUCUGUGGGAAAAACGCUAUUAUUGCCUCAAACAUCCAAAUUGUCUUCCUAAGAUUCUAACAAGUGCCCCAAACUGGAAAUGGGCUAAUCUUGGCAAAACUUACUCAUUGCUGCACCAGUGGCCACCAUUGUGCCCGUUAGCUGCAUUGGAGCUUCUUGAUGCAAAAUUUGCUGAUCAGGAAGUACGCUCUCUAGCUGUGAACUGGAUCGAGGCCAUUAGUGAUGAUGAGCUAGCAGAUCUUCUCCCACAGUUUGUGCAGGCUCUGAAAUAUGAAAUUUACUUAAAUAGUUCACUAGUGCGCUUCCUUCUGUCCAGGGCUUUGGGAAAUAUCCAGAUAGCACACAGUUUGUAUUGGCUUCUCAAGGAUGCUUUGCAUGAUACACAUUUUGGAAGCAGAUAUGAACAUGUGUUGGGUGCUCUUCUCUCAGUAGGAGGAAAAGGACUCAGAGAAGAACUUUCCAAGCAGAUGAAACUUGUACAACUUUUAGGAGGAGUGGCAGAAAAAGUAAGGCAGGCUAGUGGAUCAACCAGACAGGUCGUCCUCCAAAAGAGUAUGGAACGAGUACAGUCCUUUUUUCUGAGAAAUAAAUGCCGUCUUCCUCUCAAACCAAGUCUAGUGGCAAAAGAAUUAAAUAUUAAGUGCUGCUCCUUCUUCAACUCUAACGCUGUGCCUCUCAAAGUAGCAAUGCUGAAUGCGGAUCCUUUGGGGGGAGAAAUCAAUGUCAUGUUUAAGGUUGGAGAAGAUCUUCGGCAAGAUAUGUUAGCUUUACAGAUGAUAAAGAUUAUGGAUAAGAUCUGGCUUAAAGAGGGACUGGAUCUGAGGAUGGUGAUAUUCAAAUGCCUAUCAACUGGCCGAGAUCGAGGCAUGGUGGAGUUAGUUCCUGCUUCGGAUACUCUCAGGAAAAUCCAAGUGGAAUACGGUGUGACAGGAUCAUUUAAAGAUAAACCACUUGCUGAGUGGCUGAGGAAAUACAAUCCUUCUGAAGAAGAAUAUGAAAAGGCUUCUGAGAACUUUAUCUAUUCUUGUGCUGGGUGCUGUGUAGCCACCUAUGUUUUAGGCAUUUGUGAUCGGCACAAUGACAACAUAAUGCUUCGAAGCACAGGACACAUGUUCCACAUUGACUUUGGAAAGUUCUUGGGCCAUGCACAGAUGUUUGGUAGCUUCAAAAGAGACCGAGCUCCUUUCGUGCUUACCUCUGACAUGGCAUAUGUAAUUAACGGAGGUGAAAAGCCCACCAUUCGUUUCCAGUUGUUUGUGGACCUCUGCUGUCAAGCCUACAACUUGAUAAGAAAGCAGACAAACCUCUUUCUUAACCUUCUCUCACUGAUGAUUCCUUCAGGGUUGCCAGAACUUACAAGUAUUCAGGAUUUGAAAUAUGUUAGAGAUGCUCUCCAGCCUCAGACUACAGAUGCGGAGGCCACCAUUUUCUUCACUAGGCUGAUCGAGUCAAGCUUGGGAAGUAUUGCCACAAAGUUUAACUUCUUCAUUCAUAACCUUGCUCAACUACGUUUUUCUGGUCUUCCUUCUAAUGAUGAGCCCAUCCUUUCAUUUUCACCAAAAACAUACUCCUUUAGACAAGAUGGUCGAAUCAAGGAAGUCUGUGUUUUCACAUAUCAUAAGAAAUACAACCCAGAUAAACACUAUAUUUAUGUGGUCCGAAUUCUGAGAGAAGGACACCUUGAACCGUCAUUUGUAUUCCGGACAUUUGAUGAGUUUCAGGAACUUCACAAUAAGCUCAGUAUUGUUUUUCCACUGUGGAAGUUACCUGGCUUUCCUAAUAGGAUGGUUCUAGGAAGAACACACAUAAAAGAUGUAGCAGCCAAAAGGAAAGUUGAAUUAAACAGUUAUUUACAGAGUUUGAUGACCUCGUCACCAGAUGUAGCAGAGUGUGAUCUCGUUUGCACUUUUUUUCAUCCAUUACUUCGUGAUGAGAAAGCUGAAGGAAUAGCUAGGACUGCAGGUACAAGCCCCUUCAGCCCUACUCUGGGACAAAUAGGAGGAGCAGUGAAGUUAUCUGUUUCUUACCGAAAUAGCACCCUCUUCAUCAUGGUGAUGCACAUCAAAGAUCUUGUUACUGAAGAUGGGGCUGACCCAAAUCCAUACGUCAAAACAUACCUGCUUCCUGAUACCCACAAAACGUCAAAACGUAAAACCAAAACUUCACGUAAAACUAGGAACCCAACAUUCAAUGAAAUGCUUGUUUAUAGUGGAUACAGCAAAGAAACUUUGAGACAAAGAGAACUUCAACUGAGUGUACUCAGUGCAGAAUCUCUUCGGGAGAAUUUCUUCUUGGGUGGAAUAACUCUACCACUGAAAGAUUUCAACCUGAGCAAAGAGACAGUUAAGUGGUAUCAGCUGACUGCGGCCACAUACCUAUAA